AUGGGCAACCUCACGGGGGUCAACUUGUGCCUCCCGCCAUUCAUCGACUCGAGUCUAUUUAGCAAUGACGGCGGCUAUAUCGACGGGCGACUUUGCCAAAGGAACCAGGACUUGAAUUGCUGUCUGCCAUGCCCCAUGGCGGACUGGGUAUACCCGGAUAGCUUCAAUACGAUUACCUUGGUGGCCGACUGGACGGCAACGGUUAGCGCCAUAUGUUGCCUCUUCCUGCUCGCGUCGUGGGCAGCACUGCCUGUCGACAAGACGAACCGCCAUUAUCUGAGCGUGUGCUUCACGUUUGGAGUCAUGCUGAUGAACCUCGGCUUUGUCGUCCCCCUGGCUGCGCAGCCUGACCAGUGCUUCGACAAGAUCACGCCGCAUGACAUGCGAACCAGCAAGGUCUGCGGGGCCUCAGGCACCUUGCUAAUGCUCGGCGGCUGGUGUGGCGUAAUGUGGUCGUUCCUCCGGUCCUUUUCUCUGCAUUUGCAGAUUUGCUGGCAAGUCAUUGUCGGCCGAAACUUCAUGAUUUUCGCCCAGGCCGCUGGAUGGGGAAUUCCCAUCCUCGGCAUCAUCCUCGCUCUUGUCUUUAGCGGUGUUUCCUUUCGCUUCGGCGCGACGUGCCACAUCAACCACCCAAACAGCCUGGCGACCCUGUGGAUCCCGCUCCUCGUCUUUGCCGCGGCCACGGUCGUCAUCACUUUUGCAACAUUUGGGUACUGCGUCAAGGUCUAUCUGGCAUCUCUGUCGGAUACCUCAGACUCGACGACGGAGGGCUCGGGCCUACCCACCUAUAGCAACAGUCUGCGGACCAUGACACCACGCCAAGCUUACCGCCGCGUGAGACGCGUUGUCGCGCUGCAGUGGCGGGGCAUUGCCAUUGUGUUGAUCAUCAUCGCCGACGUCAUCUUCUUUUCCAUUGUCUUUGUUUUCCAAGACCACAUCGUGCUGUCUAUUACUCGGGAUCCCGAGGUCGCCAAGAGCUGGGUUAUGUGUCUGAUUCGCGCUGCGGGCGACAAGAAUCAGUGCCUGGACGAGGCACGGUCCAUGGUUGUCAACGAGGCAACUGUUUCGGCCGUCUUGUUGCUGCUUGCAUUGAACGGCAUAUGGCUCCUCUUCCUCCUGGGCCGAUGGUCAAUGCUGUCAGGAUGGAUUGAGCUGGUGCAUUCCAUUGCCAACCACAGGAAGAAAGAGUUUGUCUCGGUCGACGCCCGCAAAGUCGCCUCCGAUGGGGCGGGAAACGCCGGAUUACUUUGA